GGACAGUUUGCUGACCCCGUCGUUGAGGCUGUAAACAUGCAUUAAUACAGCUGACUGUGAUUUCAUGUUCCUCCAUGCCUUUGUUGGCAUCUAAUGGAAGAAAAAGCACCCACCAAGUCUGCCAUGGUAUCUAGACUGCCUAAGUUCGGUGGACGCUCCUCAACUAGUGGUGCUACCCCUUUGUCCAAUGGUUCAACCCAGCCCGCCACCCCUACCCACGAUUGUAAGACCACUCCCCCAGGAACACGCCCAAAUGGUGUAAUCCGUGCUUCUUCUUUUUCCCUGAAAUGGAAGAGAGAUGAGGGGACGACCCCAUCGAGCCCCACCACCACCCCAGCCGGCCCCGGAGAGGCUCAGACACAGCUUCCCUCAUUGGCAAAGGAGGUAAAGACUAGCUCUCCAGCGACACCCAAGAUGCGGAGGUCAGGUGCUUUGAUGGUGGCCGUUUCCAGUCCCAAAGCCAUCCCCAAGCAAUCCUUAAUGAUGAGUCCCAAAGUAGGGACCAAGCCAGGCCAGAGCCCACUGAACGGAGGUCCUAAAAUGGGCCAUAAUGGCUCCUGCAUUCCUGCUCGAGCAGGGUCAGAGUCCCGCCUAGUGCGGCCAAGGUUGGACUCCAGCUCUCCCAGAAGUAGCUCUCAAGACAGCCUGUCCCAGUCCAGUGACAACCUGAAGACCUUGGCGCAGGACAACAUGGUGCGGUCGAACAGCUUCACUCACUUCAAGCAGAUUCCCUCGCCCACCAGCCAGCCCAUGACACGGUCCUUCUCCUUUAACCGGGCUGUGGAGCUAGCCAAGCCUCUGGCAAACACUCAGCUCCGGCCUCCAAGGAGUAGUUACCUUAAACCCCCUCAACUGAGCAACGGUAGAGUGAGUUUAGGGCUCGGAGGCCUGAAUGGCAGCCUUGGAGGUUCAGGAAGUCUUGGUGGAGGACUUGGAGGACUUCAGUACAGUAGACCUCCUUCAGCUACCUCCUCUCUGCCCACCCUCUCAAUCCCUCCAGCACCCAACACUCCCACCGCUUUGAGGAAGCCACUGCUCCCCAGUUGUGUCCUGACCAAAUCACUGGGCGGUAGUGGGGGGGCUUUGGGCUUCAGGCUGGCUCGAUCUGGGCGGGCCAAGCAGCAGAACAAUCUUUUUCCAGGAAGGGUCACGGGGGAUAUCAGACCUUUGGCUGCCCGUGAAAAUGCAGGGCUAUUAGGGAUAGCAAUAGACAUUGAACGGACCGGUGAGGCUGACAAAGCAGACUCACAGAGUGACAGUGAUGGAAGCUCUGCAGCAGGAAAAGGAGGAGGAAGUGGUGGGCUUAGGAAGAGCUCUGGCCAGACAGCAGGCGAGACUCUGGAGGACAUGUCCUUAUCUUCUGCCUCGUCUCUAGACAGAGGAGACACCAGUGAAGACUUUCUAGACGACUUUGACUGUGUGGGAGAUGUGUUCAGUGAUGGGGACCUGCCUGACAACAGGAAAAUUGGCAGCACAACUCAAACCCGCUUACAAAGCUUUCUCAUUGAGACCCUUGACUGGGACUCUAUGGAUCUGGCAGGGCCUAAAGAAGAAAGCCCUAUGCAGGACUCCCAGGGACCACUGGUGUUGUCCUCAGAGCAGAGCGAUGUCCUUCAGGCUUCGUCUGUGGAGCUGUCCCCCUCCAACAGCUCUGGCGGAACCUACAUGUGGGAUGAGGAUGGUCUUGAGCCCAUUGGGGGUCCUGGGAUACAUCCAUGUGACAACUAUGAUGAUUCAGAGCUCAACAGCAUGGAUAUCCUGAACAACCUGGACCCUCCGGGAACUGGAGACUUGGACGAUGAUGACCUCAUGCUGGAUGUGGACCUCCCAGAGGAUGGCUUGCACGACGCUGACAGGAUGUCCCACUUUGAGCCAUCGGAGAGGGCUGUUCGGCAGGGGCAGCGGCGUAGACACCAUCGCUGGAGUGGACCCGAUCACUUCUACAAUGAUAGCAGGGCCCAUGUUGUCCAGAACUACGAUGCGCUCAAGACUUCACGGAUCUCCUCACGGCCCGUCCAAUCUGAAGGCAGGCAGCUUGGCUACAAGGCAAUGCUGGAUGAACUCACACUCAAGCACAUGACACAGGACUGCAGCUCGCUCAAGAACCAGCUGCUCAGGCUCAAAACAUUACUACAGCUUGAGGAUACCGACUCUCCAGCAGAUGUUCCUGAAGAGAUUGAAGACAAUACGACUGCAUCGCAGUCGGAGGAUCUGAUUAAGGAAGUGCAGUUGCUCAGAGAGGAGCUGAGGAGUCGAGACAAAACCAUUGCUCAGCUCACACUGCAGUGUCAACAGCUACAACAACAACAACAUCAGCGGGAACAAAUGCCUGCUCAAGGAUGGCCGGUCAGGUGUCAGUGCCACCACCAGAGGGCUCCCUCUUCACUACGACAGAGCGACAGACAGAUGGACAAACGGAUGCAGCAUCACUAUGACAAGGCCACCCAGACGUACUGGAGACCGCCCAGCCAUGCUCCUCAAAUGCUACAGCCUUCCAGCCCCUGCCUCAACGAGCACCUCCACCAGGGAAGACUAGUAAAAACUCCCCCCACCGAGGGCCACAGUGACCUCACGAGGAUCGGAUCAGAGGAAAGGACGCACAUAGACGCUGAACGUCCUCUUGAAGACCUUAUGGCAGACGUGUCCGGGCUAGCAAACCCCGACAAGCUGAGUCAUCUCAGCACCCACCUGCGCCGCCCCGGCUCUGGGGCUCCUCGGGGGGUAACCGCCACAGACAGUCCGGCAUCAGCAGCUCGGACUGCAGCUCAGCAUGAGCCGAGAGCCCCUGCUGUGAUCGUGCAGAGCUUUGUCACUCCUAAAUCUGCCGGUUCGACUAGCCCUCGCAUGCUGCAGCCUCCGCACUUCCACAAGCGCGUGUCCCUCCCUUCGCUCAAGCCAGGGGGCACUGGUGGCUUUGCCUCUCUGAAGCCGGGGUGCUCCUUAAGGCCUAACCGGACCAGGCAGCUGCCCCCGCCGUCCAGAGGCCUUCCCUGCUUUAACACUGGACCCCUGGAUCAGGCUCCGAGUCCAUCUCGCACUUCACUGCUUCAGCCUCGCAGAACAUCAGAGCCUAGCAGGGAUCUAUGGUGCUCCAGCUCCAGCCUGGAGGAGCCGGACCAGGGGACACUCAGAGACCCCGGGUCAGCAAAGAUCCUGAUCCCUUUGAGUCACUCAUGCCUCCCCAAGCCAAAGAUUCCCUGAGGAGCUGAAACCCAAUCCAUCAAAACUUAAAACUGGAAUCACUCUGACAUUUAUAUUCAUCCCCUUCUCUCCCCUGACAUCACAACAGUGUAACUGUUUUACCUUUUGAGUGACAAAGGAACAAACAUUAACCAUUCAGGGACUGCCUGUGUCGUUGGUAUUUUGCCUGUUUCUGAAUUAGCAUCUUCAACUCCAGCCUGAAAUAUAGUAUGUAGCAAGAUCUAAUCUACACAGCCAUGCAUAGUUGUAUAUAACAGCUUUCAGAUUGAGGUAAAUUUAUGGAACAAGAAAUGUCCAGUUUACAAGCCUUGCACAUGAAUGCUGCUGAUGCACAGAAAGAGUGUUACCAUUCAGAGAAGUAAGUUUUUGUCCUGAAGUAGCUGCUGGCUGCACAUCUGUGCCCUCUGACACACUGGUGCAUUUGGUUUUAAACAUGGAGGUGAUAUGAAUGUGACCUUUGCAGUGUAAUAGAAGACCCAAGGGAAAAUGGAGGCAAAAACAAAAAAGUGGUACUGAAAGAAAAAGAAGAUUAAAAACUGACUGAAAAAACAAAAUGUAUCCAGGUUCUCUGGAGCGGUCACUCGCAGACUGAAUAUAGGUUUAUGUGUAAAUGGGUGUGUGUGUGCGUAUGUAUGGGAGUGAGAGAUGAGAGAUGAGGGGUGAGGUGCAUACGUGUUUCUAUUUCAUUUUGCUACACUUACAUCCUGAGUGAACCUUUUAACCUGCAUCUAUUAGCAAAAGGGGUUUCAGAGCUUCUGUGGAAAUGCAACUCAGACGAAAAAAUAUAGGCCUAUAAAAUAUAAUACCAUGCUGGUGGUGGAGAUAUGAUUAGGAGAAACAGUGUGCGAGCGAGGAAUUAGGUUUCAUAAUCUAGCUGAAAAGAACAGCGUAAUAAAGCACUCACACACUUAAGUCUGCACAAGCACAUUGUAGGCUUGCUCAUAUCCAUGUGCAAACACACGCACACACACACACACACACACACACACACUCUGAAAGUCUCUUUCAUGGCUACUUUGUGCAUUCGUAGAUAGAAAAUAAGAAGAAGAGAAUGAUGUAUGAUAAAAGAGAGUAGGCAGCAAAGAGAGGAGUAAUAGAGCUAUUUUAAUAUCUAUAAUAAUAUCAUAAUCUAUACAUAUAUAUAACACAAAACAUCUUCCAGUUCUGGGAGAAAAUGUCACUUGUUUCUAGGGCAAAUACAUUUGUUGUAAACAUGUUUAAAACUUGAAGUGAAAAAAAACACAAAUUAUAAUUAUGUCGAAGAAAAUUUGACUCAAACUUGAUUAAAUAACUUUUUUUGCGAUGCACACUAGCUUCUUUUAACUGUCUCCCUCAC